GUAUCUUCGUCUUGAAUAAUAUAUACGAAGACCUCUUUUAUAAAACAGAAUAAUCCGGAUGGGGAGGUGACACAAAUCUGCACGCUUACUCUCAAUUUUCUCGGCAUCAUGGAUCUGCAAGCUUUCAUAGAUCCAAACCUCCCAGAAGCCGACCUGCUUGUUCUCAAACAUUUACACCACGACAUUGACAGUUAUGAAGACACCAACAAUGCAUCUUCUUCGUCUAGACAGCAAAUUCCAGACAACUCCAUCACGAAGAGAAACGUUCCAGCAGCAGUCGAAAAUGUCGAUGCCCUCAUCACACAGCUCGAUGCGCUCAACGACCCUUCGCAGUCGUCCUUCGAACCCACCGUUUUCGUAACCUUUGACAUGGGCUAUCUACGCACAAAGCUGCACCCAUAUAUAUACAAGAAUUUUCUGGUUCCUUACAUCUCAAUUGCACGAAAAAUCGUCCGAGUCGACACCGACGUCGUGAUGUUGACGCAUUUACUUCUCUACUUUUCGACCUCCGUGCCCUCCGCGAUCUUCCUAUACCGACAUUUUACCUACCUACACGGCGUAUUACAUUGGUUAAUGCAGAGUUAUUAUGUCGGCACAUACACGCUCAUGAUGCAUCAACACAUCCACAUGGGAGGAAUCCUGACAAAAUCCAACCCGUUCAUCCACGCCUUCGAUGUCCUGUUUCCCUACAUCACAAACCCAUUAAUGGGCCAUACCUGGAAUUCGUACUACUACCAUCAUAUUAAACACCACCACGUCGAGGGCAACGGACCCGGCGACCUAUCGUCAACAAUCCGGUAUCAGCGAGACUCAAUCCCGGAUUUUUUACAUUAUGUCCUGCGAUUUAUGUUCUUUGUCUGGAUUGAGUUGCCGUUGUACUUUUUUCGACAUGGGAAGUUUCUCUUGGGAUUGAAGGCGUUCUUUUGGGAGUUUAGCACGUAUAUUACUAUUGCGGUAUUAUACAGCUAUGUCGAUGCCCGUGCGACUAUUUUUGCGUUCAUUUUACCGCUGUUCAUGCUCAGGAUUGGUCUCAUGGUUGGUAACUGGGGUCAGCAUGCGCUCGUGGAUGAGGAAGAGCCAACAUCUGAUCUACGGAGUAGUAUCACCCUGAUCGAUGUCGCUUCAAACCGCUUCUGCUUCAACGACGGCUACCACACAUCCCACCACCUCAACCCCCGCCGCCACUGGCGCGACCACCCAGCCGCCUUCCUACGCGCAAAAGAAAAGUAUGCAACCGAACGAGCCCUCGUCUUCAAAAACAUAGAUUAUAUCAUGAUGACUGUCAAACUCAUGCAAAAGGACUACAUAUAUCUGGCGAAAUGUCUUGUGCCCAUAGGUGAAAAACAGAUUCGUAUGUCCCUGCAGGAGAGAGCGGAGAUGCUGAGGAGUAAAACGAGGAGGUUUUCGGAGGAUGAGAUUAGGGUUAAAUAUGGGUUGUAGAUAUGAUAUAGACUUGUAUAUAGUGUGGGCCUGAUUGGGCGCGAGCAAUAUCUAUAGUCAAAGAAUGAUGUCUAAAGGCAUGUCAUU